AUGUGGAGCUUGUGUUUCCUGUUCUCCCUUUCUGAUUUAAUACUUGUUUUCGCUUCUUCUGCUAAGCAUUUGUGUCCUCCAGACCAAAGAGAUACUCUUUGGGAGUUCAAGAGUGAAUUCUCUGUCCAAGAGUUAGAUUCCUCUUGGUGGGAGUCUGAUUUGAAGACAGAGAGGUGGAGGAACAACACUGAUUGUUGUUCAUGGGAUGGUAUCUCAUGUGAUUCUAAGACAGGUACGGUGGUGGAGUUGGACCUGUGGGACAGUUCCCUCAACGGCCCUUUGAGAUCUAAUAGUAGCCUUUUUAGACUACAACACCUUCAGAGUCUUAAUCUUAGCUCCAACAAUCUUCCGGGGAUUCUACCAUAUUCCAUUGGAAACCUCAAAUAUUUAAGGGUUUUGAAGCUUCGCUACUGCAAUUUCUUUGGAAAAAUUCCUUCUUCGCUCGGAAAUCUUUCUUACCUCACUGAUCUUGAUCUUUCUGUUAAUCAAUUCUCCGGAGAGCUACCAGAUUCAAUGGGCAACCUAAACCGACUAUCAGAGUUGCAACUAAGAUAUAACAAUCUUGGUGGGAACUUUCCUUCUGUUCUACUCAAUCUAAGCGAGCUCACUCAGAUAAGCCUUAGUUACAACAAGUUCAAAGGUAUGCUCCCAUCUAACAUGAGUAGCCUCACCAAUCUGGAGUAUUUAGAUAUAAAUGGAAAUUUAUUUUAUGGACCUUUACCGUCACCUCUGUUUAUGAUCCCUUCCUUGAUUCAACUUAAUUUGGAAGGAAACAGCUUCAGUGGUCCUAUUGAGAUUAAGAAUAUUUCUUCACCUUCUAAUCUUGAAGUUUUGUCUCUUGGAGAAAACAAUUUCGAUGCGCCAAUCCAAGGAUCUUUGUCAAAACUUGCCGGGCUCCGAACUCUUGAACUCAACUAUAUGAAUACAAGAAUCAUGGUUGACUUGAGUUUUCUCUCACAUCUUAAGUCGCUUAGCUAUCUAGACCUUUCAGGGAAUGAUUUGAAGUUCAGCUCAACUCUCCGUCUUCCCUAUUUAGGUUUCUUGUAUUUAUCAUCCUGUAAUAUCGUUGAGUUUCCCAAGUUUUUACAAAGCCAAACCAGAUUGCUGUUAUUAGACAUUUCUGUCAAUCAAAUUGAAGGCAAAGUACCAGAGUGGUUUUGGAGAUUGGAAAUAUCGCGUGUUAACAUCUCUCAGAACUACAUACGCGGUUUUGAUGGAUCUGCCGACGUUAUUCAAAGAACCGGGGGAGUAGUUACGCUUGAUAUAAGCUCAAACGCUUUCCGAGAACCGUUUCCUUUGUUACCGAACUCUACAAACUACUUAUUUGGCUCUGACAAUCUAUUUUCGGGAGAGAUUCCAAGGACGAUAUGUGACUUGGUUUAUCUUGAUAGACUUGUUUUAUCCAACAACAACUUUAGUGGCUCCAUCCCUCCUUGUUUAAGUACUUAUCUUUCGGUCUUGCAUCUUCGGAAUAACAGCAUCUCUAGUGUUAUUCCUGAAGAUUUUAUCAGUAAUAUGUUGAUAUCACUUGAUCUUGGUUACAACAGGUUAUCAGGAGGACUGCCCAAGUCUCUGAUUAACUGCACUCGUCUCCAGUUUCUGAACGUGGAAGAGAACAGAAUCAGCGACACCUUUCCAUUCUGGUUGAGAGUGUUGCCUAAUCUAGAGAUUCUUGUCCUUCGUUCUAACGAAUUCCACGGACCAAUAAGUUCUUUCAGUCUCCCCAAGCUGCGAAUCUUUGACAUUUCGAGAAAUAAGUUCACUGGGGUCUUGCAAUCAGAUUUCUUUGCUGGUUGGGGCGCAAUGUCAUUACCGGUUGUAUACUUCGAAGGUGAUUCGCAGUAUAGGUUUUCAGGAGUUGGCAAACCAUACUAUCAUGCGUCCGUGGCUCUGACAAACAAGGGAUCGAAUAUGAAGCUGGUUGGGAGUGGUUUCACAAUCUACAAAACCAUCGAUAUCUCUGGAAACAGAUUCCAAGGAGGCAUUCCCGAAUCCAUCGGUUUACUGAAGGAACUGAUUGUGCUCAACAUGUCAAACAACGCUUUCACAGGCCGUAUUCCACCAUCUUUGUCAAAUAUAACAAGUCUUCAGUCAUUGGAUCUAUCUCAAAACCAAUUAUCAGGUAAAAUCCCACCGGAGAUCGGGAAACUCACUUUUCUGGCGUGGAUGAAUUUCUCAUACAACAGGCUUGAAGGUCCAAUACCACAAGGCACUCAAAUUCAAAGCCAUAAUAUUUCUUCAUUCGCUGAGUAUCCUGAGCUGUGCGGUGUUCCUCUCCAAAAAACUUGCGGUGGAGGAGAAGGAGCAAUAAAUCAAGAGCAAGAAGAUGAAGAUGAAGAAAAAGAUCAAGUGUUGAGCUGGACUGCUGCUGCAAUAGCCUAUCUACCUAGUGUUUUCUGUGGAUUCACCCUCGGCCAUAUUCUUACUUCAUAUAGACAUGACUGGUUCAUGAGAAUCUAACACUCUUUUGCUUAAUACAAGCAUCUGUUGUCUGAUGAUAUCUAGUCUUCAUGCGUUUUUAAUAAUAUGGUAACUCUUUUGUUGUAUUGUUUUGCCACUAUUAUUGUGAGAAUCUGUGUGCUUUGGUGGACUUAGUUUUCUAUUUCCCUUUAUGUGUUUGUGUCUCUGAUGUCUUGUCGCAGGGACACCUGGCCUGCAGUAAUGCAAGUCAUGUUUUAA